AUGUUUCGUCGGGCCAUUAGGUAUAUCAAGACAACCGUCUGAGAGAGUUUGUUUCUUGUUUGAGAAGUGGCUUUGUACUUUGCAAUUUAAUUAAUAAAGUUCAACCAGGAUCAGUUCCGAAGGUUAUAGAAAUCCACACUCUUUCACAGUCAACCAUGUGGGAUUCUCAGCCACUGCCAGCAUAUCAAUAUUUUGAGAACAUCCAGAACUUUUUAGUAGCCGCAAAAGAUUUAAAGCUACCAGCUUUUGAGGGAUCUAUUUUUGAAAGGGAAAAUAUUGAGGCAGGUUCGUCGACUAAGGUUGUGGAUUGCAUUUUGGAACUUAAAGCAUACCACGAGUGGAAACAAAUGACUGGAGGCGUCGGAUGUUAUAAGCUUCUAAGGUCUCCUCUCUUGACCCCUUCAAGAGGAAGGAUUCAAAAACAAACACAUGUGACAAUCAAUUCUGAUAGUCAUAGGCGAUUGGAAAUGUCGGCUAGCUUUCCAAAACAAUCACCGACAGAUGAAGAAAUUAAGAAACUUGAAGGUCUUUAUAACGAUGGACAAACUUAUCUUUUAUUCUUACAUAUUUCGCAGUUAGUUUUUCACUUUCUGUCGACUUUGAAAUUCAUGUUUAUUCUGGUUUCUUAAACGGGAUUUUUAGGCAUGAUUGUCAAGGCUAUAGCUGAAAAUAUGGUGGACAUGAAGGAAAACAUGGGCUCUUUUCAGAAUGGGAAUACGGUAUGCAUUCUCCUGACUGUUUGCAGCUUUACUUAAAGUCAACAAUCACUGGUAUAUUCAAGAUUUUUUUCUCCGAAACAGAACCAAGUUGAAUUGUUCAGUAGGAUCUUCUCUAGCUGCUUAGAGGAACAACUUCAAAACA